GUUUGUUUCUACAUCCGGCUACCAAACACUGUGCUGGAUAAUUUAACUAAGAGGGUCAUGUCCCUCUGAUUUUAGGAUUUUGUUUAGGUGUGCAUGGGUGUUUGUGCACCAAAAAGAGUGAGAAGGCGGAAGACUCAGGGAGUCUGGCUGGUGGUUUUAUCAUGGCUGACAACACCAGUGAUGAUGAUGUCAUUCAUCUGGCAAGCUUUAGUGUUUGUCACAGGCAAGGUAACGCAUCAAGAGGGAGGACCUACAUAACCAUAUCUGAUGAUUCAGAUGAUGAGGUGUUGACAGCAAAAGCAAAUGUUCCUGUUGUGGUCAAAGAUGAAGACGAUGAUUCGGACGAAGUGAGCAUUUUAGAGACACGUUUGCCGUCUCGUCGUGUAAUAAUCCGGCCUGCUGCUCAGUGGGGAGGCAGCUCAUCCCAAAGCCAGCCCUGUGCGCCUGCCCCGGGCCCCUCAGACUCACAUUCUCCCUCCUCUUCAGUAGCGCUGACUCAGCCAGCAUCAGGAAAUAAAGCCAUUGGUGUCUUCACUACGGACCAGAAUGCUGUACCUUCCACAUCUAGAGACACUGUUUUGCACAGACCUCAGAAUUCCAUUCAUGGGCCACUGCCUCAAUCUAGUAACCCUUUGCCCAGCACUCACCUUGGCAAUCAGGGCACAGCUCUUUUUACCCCUGCUAAUGCAGACUCACAAGGUGUAAAAGUGGCUGUGGUUAGCCCACACAGAACUGAAAGAAACUCAGGGGCCGAAGCCCCAAUUCCCCCUCAGGAACGGCCCACGGACACACCUCAGCCCUCACAAGUAGCACUGGAGCCGGAGGAGCGAAGGCAGCAACAAAAAGAACAGCAGCAGAUUCUCAGACUCUCUCCUGCACGAUUACAGGCGUUUCCUGAUGAUGAAAGACCUGGUCCCUCUAGAGCCAUGGAGCCUCCAGCACCACAAGCAGCUCAGCAAAACAGUAUCAACACACUCGUAAAGAGAGUGGUGGACCUUUUCCCGGAUGUUCAGGAGGCUUAUGUAGUGGAACUAAUAGAGGGGGCUGAUGUAAAAGAUUUAAAUGUAAUAUGCAAUUUGCUGUUGGAGAAUCCUGAAUAUCCAAGAAAAGCAAACUCUGUGUUAACUCAGAGAAGCGUACUCCUUGAAACGAAUGAUAAAGAAACGCAGGAAAUAGAAAACUAUUUUGAUUACUCCAAGUUACAACGUGUUGGCCCAGAGGUCAUAAUGCAAGCAGCUGAAAUGUUGAUGGGGGAUUUCAGGAUGUUAAGCUGCCAGGAUAUUAAAUGGGCUCUAAAUUGUCUCAAAGGACACUAUGCAAUCACCCGCAAGGCCUUAUUUGAAGCCCUCAAGAAGUGGCAAGAAAACUCUACUGAUCCCUCAGGGAAAAAGAAGAAGAAGAAGGAGCCGAAUGAACGCCAGUUUAUUACGUUCAAGUUUGAGCAGGGUUCUUUAAAACUGGAGAGGAAAAUGUACUUUUUAGAGAAAAACCGAAAGUGGAGCAGGAGCUUUGACAUGCCACUAGAGCCUUCUCUAGUAAAAGAACUUCAGUUCUAUGAGCAGAAAGCAAAGGAAAUGGCUGAGCAUGAAGACUUUUUGUUGGCCCUGCAAGUGAAUGAGGAACAGUAUCAAAAGGAUGGUCAGCUGAUUGAAUGUGGCUGCUGCUGUGGGGAUUUUGCCUUUGAGGAGAUGACACAGUGCAGCGACGGCCAUCUUUUCUGUAAAGAGUGCCUGGUGAAGUACGCUCAGGAGGCUGUGUUUGGGUCUGGACGGUCUGAGCUGAGCUGUAUGGAUGGCAGCUGUACCUGCUCCUUCCCCACUAGUGAGCUGGAGAAAGUUUUACCAGAGAGCAUCUUGUUCAAAUACUACGAGCGGCAGGCUGAGGAGGCCGUGGCUGCUACCUGUGCAGACGAGCUGGUCAGGUGUCCGUUUUGUAACUUUCCUGCUCUUUUGGACAAAGAGGUUUCUCUGUUCAGCUGCCCCAAUCCCCGCUGCAGAAAGGAGAGCUGCAGGAAGUGCCAUGUGAUGUGGAAGGAACAUGCAGGAAAGACAUGCGAGCAGGUGCUGGAAAGAGACGAAACCCAGCUCCGACUGUCUAUCGAGGAGAAAAUGACUGCGGCCCUGGUCAGGAAGUGCCAUAAGUGUUCCAUGGGUCUCCUGAAAUCGGAGGGUUGCAACCGGAUGUCAUGCCGCUGUGGCGCCUUCAUGUGCUACCUCUGUCGUGAGCCAAUCACAGACUACAACCACUUCUGCCAGCAUGCCCGCACACCUGGUGCCCCUUGUCGUCAUUGUAAGAAGUGCUCUCUGUGGACAGACCCCACGCAAGACGAUGAGCGACUCAUCCAGGAGAUCCAGAAGGAAGGUGAAGCCGAACUAAACAAGAAGAACACACUGACAGAGAAUGCUGGGAAGAGAGUGGGUCCUCCUCCUGAACCCAGCCCUCCUAAGAGACCCCGGAUGGAGCAGGCUCCAGCCGCUAAUGCUGCUCGAAACAUUGUGCAUCCCCCUCUGUUUCUCCCUCAGGUGUUACUUCCCGGUCGCCAGAGGCUUUUCCUUCAGCCCGUCGCUGCUCCCUAUGUACCCCCGCUGCCCAACCUGCCUCCCGUUAACUACAAUGUUCCCAAUGCCAACUUUGAUUUUAACAUGCCUAUGCACUAUGGCCCGCCACAUCGCUUCUUUAGGCCUAUCUGAUGAGCCUGUAGUACUGACUAAAAUGUGUUUCCCCAGACUCUAGGAUCAUAUAACCUCAAUUCCUCUCUUUUUUUCAUUUUGAUUUAUUACUGGCUGUUUUCAAAGCAAAAAAAGUUCUUUUUUUUCUUUUUUGAGCAACUACUAUUCAUGCACACAGAAGAAUGUGUCCAGCAGUUUUCUGUUGAAUUAAAAAAUCAUUUUUUGUGAGAAUUUGGAUUUUUUUUGUUUGUUGGAAGCAGUUAAAAAUGCGAGUACAUUUCUUCUGGAAAGGCUUUCCACUAGAUUCUCACGUCUGUGGGAGUGUGUGUCUGUGGGAAUCUUUGCUCUUUUAGUCAAAAGAACAUUUGUAUAUUCAGGUACUGAUAAUUGAUGAGAAGACCUGGUUAGGAAUCAUGUUCUUGUUUAUCUCAGGUCGGGGUUAUGUGCAGGUUAUUUUGAAAUCCUUAACUCCAAGCUCGUCAAAUCAUGUCUUUUUGUGCCUAGCUUUGUGCACGGGGUACAGUAAUGCUAAUAAAGGAAAGGGCUUUCCCCAAACUGUUAGGAACCAAUGAAUAAGAGGAAUGCAUAGUGUUUAUAUAGUGUAUGCUGCCUACAAACCAUGAUUUCGGAUUGUAUUAAAUUUACUUUAAUCUUAAAUUAAAUUCUUUUAUUAUUAUUCCA